ACCAACAUUUUGAACCUGCGUCCUGAACUUGUAAAAUUCAUGAAUGGUGCCAUUGACCUAGGGGUGUGUAUUAUACGUUUCAUGCCCUAGCUACAGUACCUCAACGAUUGGCAAUCGACAGCGAAAGAAGUUUUGAAGAUGGAGAAACAGAGAGACAUGGAUUGGUGGGUUUCGAUCCCAAAGGUUGAACUACACGCCCACCUCAAUGGUUCCAUCAGAGGCUCAACUCUACUUGAGCUUGCUAGAGGUUUGGGUGAAAAGGGUACUAUUGUUUUCUCUGAUGUAGAGCAUGCUAUUCUAAAGGAUGACCGUUCACUUCAAGAAGUGUUCAAGUUGUUUGAUCUGAUCCACAUUGUUACUACUGACCACAAAAUCCUUACCAGAAUUACUCAAGAAGUUGUGGAAGACUUUGCUGCAGAGAAUGUGGUUUACUUGGAGUUAAGAACAACUCCGAAGAGGAAUGAUUUGAUAGGGAUGAGCAAACGGUCUUACAUGGAAGCAGUGGUGAAGGGUCUAAGGGCUGUCGCUACAGUAGAAGUUGACCUUGCCCCAAGGGAUUUGGGUACGGGAAAUCCUGUGAAUUCUUGUGCUAUUACCGAUUUGUGUGAUGGAACUGCAAGAAAGAAGAUAUAUGUCAGACUUCUUCUCAGCAUUGACCGUCGCGAGACUACUGCAUCUGCAAUGGAAACUGUUGAACUUGCACUGGAAAUGAGAGAUUUGGGUGUAGCGGGAAUUGACCUUUCUGGAAAUCCCAUUGUCGGUGAAUGGGCAACAUUUUUACCAGCUUUAAAGUUUGCUAGGGAGCAAGGUCUCUCCAUAACUCUUCACUGUGGCGAGGUACCCAAUCCGGUGGAAAUCAACGCAAUGCUAGACUUUCUUCCUGGGAGAAUUGGCCAUGCUUGUUUCUUUGGAGAAGAAGAAUGGAGAAAGUUGAAAUCUUGCAAGAUACCGGUUGAGAUUUGCUUGACAUCCAAUAUCCGAACGGAAACAAUCUCUUCUGUCGAUGUUCAUCAUUUUGUUGAUCUUUAUAAUGCAGAACAUCCAACAGUUCUGUGCACUGAUGAUUCUGGGGUAUUUUCUACCAGUCUGUCUGGCGAGUACAUUCUUGCAUCUUCUGCAUUUGGUCUUGGAAGGAGUGAAAUGUUUCGGCUUGCUCGGAAAGCCAUUGAAUUUAUAUUUGCUGAUGAUGCGGUGAAGAGGGAACUUGGAGAGAUUUUCGAAUCUGCUGCGAGGAAGCUGGAUUUAUGAUUAAUAGCAUGUGUAGCAGAAGCCAUUCUUUAUGCAUGGUCAUGAUUUAGCAUUAUUGGUUCAAUUGGAAAAUGCAGGACUUAACCAGUAAGAUUUAUAAUACUAAUGUAGAAGAUCAGAUAUUGUAUUCUAUUCUGUAUUGCUGUUUGUUGACAAUGUAGGAAAGACUAUCGUAGCCGCUCUUGGCUCAUUUUAACAAACUCGCGUUGCAUGGCCAAAUUGGGUGAUUGCCAUUGUGUUAUUUUCAUUGUUUCGAUUUACAGCUUGACUUUGGUUAAAAGAAGAAAGAAUUAUGGAGAAAAUUGUGUGAUUGCUUUU